AUCUUCUUGUCUCUCUAUAAUCAAUCGCACAGUAUGGAAUGCAAUCGCUGAACCGUGUGCUUUAUCAUUUGUGUGAUGAUCGUUGGUUUAUAUAUUACUAUCCUCGCGUUUGCAAUCAAAGAGGGUUCUCGCAAAAUCCCGGUGCCAAAAAUAGAAUUAGCUUCUAUGGAUUUCACGGUGCAUAAUAUUACACAAACUCGUCUUAGUGCAAAGUGGGAUUUGUCCAUAAGGAUCCCUAAUAAUCUUCCUGGUCAGUAUAUAUGCCUUCAAGGAGAACUUCAAGCUUCAUUUCUUUACAAAAAUGCUACUCUCGCUACCUCAUCACCACAAAAAUACUACAAUCUCAAACGCAACAAUCCUCAGCUUCUUAAGGUUUCAGCGGUUGUUUCCGAAGAAGAUGUCGGCGGUUUGAUUGGAAAAGACAUUAUGGAAGAUAUCAAAGAGAAGAAGGAAGUACAAUUCGGAUCGCGGUUUUCUCUUACUGAUUGCAGAGAAAAGACAACAGGAAUUAUGAGCUAUGCGUGCGAUGAAGUCACCUUGAGGUUCGAACCUGGAUUAGAGAUGAAGGCUACUGUGUUUGGCGACCAUCCAAAGUGCAUCAACUUUUGAACCGAGUCUACGUAACCAUCACCAGUUCAUUGAUUUUGAAUUAUUUUUUUGCAUAUGUUUCGUUCAUUGUAAAGUUUUCAAAUACUGUGUUUAAAUUUCUUUGGAAAUUAACCAUAUUUAGUCUCUCAUGGUAAGUAAACAAAAUAGUAGCUUGGGAAGCACCGAGCACGUCAAAACAGUUAUGUUUCGGUUAGAACAUAUGGUAAAGUAAAACCAUGAAACUUUAGUUGUGUGAAGAGAAUGAAAUAAGAAUCAAAGUCGAAGAAUAUCUGUCGCCUAAAUAUACAAAUUUCCUUGGAGCUCGAUUCCUUUCCCAAGUUACAAAUCUUUUACUUUUUUUUUUUUUAUAAUAUAUAAUACUUUCUAAUAUUUAUUAUUUUUAUUUAUACGGUUUUUACCUUCAUGUUUUAGAACUAAUUGAAUCAUCUCUAAAAUCAGAUACAACGAUCUCCGAUACCGUUCGGCUCAGUUUCUUAAGGUUUCAUCGGUUAUUUCCGAAGAAGAUACCGGUGGAUUGAUUGGGAAAGACAUUAUGGAAGAUAUUAAAGAGAAGAAGGAAGUGCUUAUCGGAUCGCGGGUUUUUCUUACGGAUUCCAGAAAAAAUAUGGCAGAAGUUAUGGGUUUUGGGUGCCAUGAAGCUACAUUGCGGUUCGAACCUGGAUCCGAGAUGAAGGCGACUAUGUUUUGGGAACCACUCAACAUGCUUCAAUUUUUGACCAAAGUCCACUUCAUCACCAGUUCAUUGUUUAAUGUUUUCUUGUUUCUUUUACCAAUUCAUUGUUAAGUUUGCAAACUUUACUUGUGUAUUUUUCUUUUUCUGUUUUUGUUUGGUUACAACUUUACUAAGGUUUUCUUUACCAAUAUAACAA